AUGGCGAACAUGCUUAUAGGAGAACGUUUCCUUAAAAGCUUUAACGUGUUUAAAACGAAAUCAAACCAGCAUUAUGAGAAUGUCAAGACCUUCCAACGCUGCCUGCCCUCGGUUGUCCAAAAGAUAAUGUCUUCAUUUGACAUCCAACAACGAUCUCAGUUCAGUAUUCUGAGCGUUGGAAGUGGUACUGGGGAAGUCGAUAUAGAAAUUGUUAACAUCGUCCGGCAAGAGUUGCAAAAGCAACAACAGUGGAGCCACAUCAGUAUUUUUAACCGAGCCAUUGAGCCGAAUCUGCAAUCAAGCAAUAAGUACAAAGAAAAUAUUGCGAAAUUCGGCGACGUCGUCUCAUCAAGGUAUGAAGUCAGACAACAGACGUUUCAGGAAUAUCAAGAAAGUAAAGAAGAUCCCGUGUCGUUUGAUAUCGUGCAUUUCAUGCACAGUUUAUAUUAUGUAGACCUGGAACAAACUGUAUUGUAUUGUUUAGAGAAUCAACUGACCGAGAUGGGGUGUUUAGUGUGCCUGAUGAACGACAAUGAAAGCAUCUGUAAUACUGUCCUAAUGAAACAAGAUGAACUUUCUAAUAAAGCAUCCACACUUGCCCAGACAUCUGAGGAACUGAUUAAGAUGGCUGAAAAAUGUGGUUGGAAGCAUGAGAUUAAUUGCCAGAAAUUGUUUGUUGAUGUUACUGAAGUUUUAAAUGCGGAUUCAGUGGAAGGAAAUCUCCUCCUCGACUUUUUGACAAACACUGAGAAUUUUCGUAAGAGUGCAAAUAACCAUGUGUUAGAGGUGACACUUGAAUUCAUCGAACAAUUGGCAAUUGCCAAAGAUGGAAAAUACCUUGGAGAGAUAAAGGAAUCACUAGUAUUCAUAUACAAGUAA